ACACGUUUAGUCUAUAGCAGGAAAUAAUAAACUAUGUUUUCCGUCAUAUUUCUAUACCUUUGUUGGGUAAGAAUACCAUUUAAAUUAGACUUUGUUCUGAAAGUCCGCUACGGAUGUUGCACACGUAGUUCCGGGAUAUUGACAGCCGGCGAGCCUCAGAAAGUCUUGAGAGUGACUUCAGUCCAGGAGACCAUGUCCGCUGAUGCAGGCGAGCUCUCCUCUCCUCUGCACUUAUUUGUAUCUCACUCUCCAUGAAAUAACAGGGACACGCGGCCUCCAGGAUGGCCAGCUCGGGUGCUGUUCAGGUGAAACUGGAACUUGGUCAUCGUGCCCAAGUGAGAAAGAAACCCACAGUGGAAGGCUUUACCCACGACUGGAUGGUGUUUGUCCGAGGACCAGACCACAGCAACAUUCAGCACUUUGUGGAGAAAGUCGUUUUUCACCUGCAUGAAAGUUUCCCCAAGCCAAAAAGAGUGUGCAAGGAUCCACCGUACAAAGUGGAGGAGUCUGGAUAUGCUGGAUUCAUCUUGCCUAUUGAAGUGUACUUCAAAAACAAGGAAGAACCGAAGAAAGUCCGCUUUGACUACGACCUGUUUCUCCACCUGGACGGCCAUCCGCCCGUCAAUCACCUCCGCUGUGAAAAGCUGACCUUCAACAACCCCACAGAAGAGUUUCGUAGGAAGCUACUGAAAGCAGGAGGGCAACGGGAUCCUCACAAGCGAAGUUCGGAGGACUCAAAGGUGAUGGUGAUGCAGGAGGGUUCCACCUCCCUGUUCGGCCAGCACCUGAAGCUGCCUACACUUCCCAACAGCUCGCUGACGUCCAGCUUCUCUGACCCAAAGAAGAGUAAAAACUUCCUGGGGUCAAAGGAUGGCUCCAAAGGAAGUGGAAAUAUCCCUCUCACCACUGCCACAACCACCAGCACCAACAGCAGCAGCUUCUCCAAACUCUACAAACCUUCAAAGGACCACAAGGAAAAGCCUCCAAAAGACUUGAAAGAGCCAAAAAGUGCCUUCAGAGACUCUGGCUGGGAAUCCAGCAAAGCUCCCAAAGAACCUUCCAGAAAACCCAAAGAGAACCAGCCCCUUAGAGAUCCUAAGAUGGGCUUCAAAGAACCCAAGUCCUUGACCAAGGAGCAUCGGACUGAAGGUAUCAACCAUGGGAUUAACAAGCGUCUGUCGGCGCCCGACACUGAUGACCAUAUGGCCAAAAAACGUAAAAAGGGAUUUGUGGAUUCGUCAGGGAAGCACGUGUCGGGUUCAGAUCCUCUUCAUUCGGAUAGGAAACUAUUAAAGGAUAGAACGCAAUUGAGAACAGCUAAAUCACGGACCGACAGGGACGAGACUCGCAAAAAGGCGUCAACACUUCCUCCAUUCCAGGAACUGGUGGACCCCAAUGACUCCGAUGUGGAGGACCAGUUCGCGAAGUCGGAUUCUGAACAGCCCAGUCCAGCCAGCUCUAGCUCCAGUUCCGGCUUUGCUCCCACUCAUCAUAAACGCCAAGUCCUGGGCCCCCUGCAGUCGGUGAUGCAGGACCUGCACUCUGAUGACAACGAUGAGGAUUCUGAGGAGGACGAUGACAACGACAUGGACUCUGACAUGGAGCGGCUGGCGCACACGCACAUCACACACCACCAGCGCAGGGUCAGUUUAAGUGACGGCAGUGAGAGUGACAGCUCCUCACCUUCACCUCGCCACCGCAACGACGCUCCACCCUUGUUAAAGACUACUAAUAACCAGAUCCUGGAGGUGAAGAGUCCGACGAAGCAAAGCAAACAGGACAAGAACAAAAACUUAGAAUGUGAUAAGGCUUACCUGGACGAACUGGUGGAGCUGCACAAGAGGCUGAUGACACUGAGAGAGGGACACAUUCUGCAACAGAUCGUGAACCUGAUCGAAGAAACCGGACACUUUCACAUCACAAACACUACGUUUGACUUCGAUCUUUGCUCCUUGGACAGGAGCACCGUCAGGAAACUCCAAAGUUACCUGGAGACCUGCGGCCUGUCCUGAGGACACUGAGCAGCUGGCUGCUGGAUCUCUGUCUCCACUGACUUAUGACAUUUUUUCGGAAUUUAAAAAAAAAAAAAAAAAAAGAAAGAAAAUGUUGUGUAUGCAAUGCAAAAAGCCCCCACCAUGGCCGGGAUCCGACUGCUGUGCGUCCUAUGGGACCGAGCUCUGGACCCGUCACCGAGACCAAAGCCAGGAGUGGUGGGUAUGAGCCCUGUGGAUCAGGAGAUCACCCAGAAAGCCUUGAAAACUUCACUUGAUUUAAUAAAAAAAAGAAAGAAAGAAAAGGAAAUGAAAUGGCGACCGUGUUGCUCUUAAUGAAGGUGCAUAUUGUUGUAUCAUAUAUGUUUCUCCAUUUUUUUUUUUAUACCUUGUGACAAAUGCAUGGUCAACAUUGCCUUACAACAUUGUGUUUUAUUUAUUGAAUUUAUUUCGCAGGUGUGUGUGCGCGUGUAUUUGAAACAGCGAAAAGAAGGAAAAAAAAAAAAAAAGAAAAGAAAACGCAGCAGAAUGAGACUUUUCUUAAAGCACUUCACAACACAACACACUGGCGUCACAGUACAGCACCCGCAACUUACAGGCUACAUGUGUGUUGUUGGGGGAUUUGUUUAAAUCUGCGGAUAACAUAAGGAAAAAAAAGAAAAAAAUUUUUUUGAAAGAUUUGGCCAUAAAGUGAAAAUGAUCAUUUAAAAUCCUCAUCCCACCAAGAUGACAUGAUGUUUGGACUUCACAUUUAGCAUUUCGUCAUCUGUCGUCGUAAAAGCUGCUGAAGAUGUUGCUUAUCAAACGCUAACUGUAGGUGGACGUCAACGCGAACCUGUUGCUGCUUUGUCUUAAACCAAUCAUUGCUCAGUCUUGCAGAUUUUAUUUUGUUGUAAAAUCACGACGUUAAAGAGUAAUUUUUUGUCAAUAAACACCUGCAGAUUGAUAGUUGAGAAGGUGUAAAAACUGACCGUAUCAAAUUAGCAAACAGUGGUUUCCAGUUUCCAGCGUUAUGCACAUGUAGAACAUGUGCUUUUAAAAACAAACUGACUUUCAGAAACACUAACUAUCUAUGAAACUUCAGUCUAAUCUUGAAGGAGAUCCACAUGGUCUUUGUUUUUUUAUUUUGUUUUUUUCUGAUGCGACUGCAGAACCACUACAAAUACGAACUGCAGUAAUACGAAGUGUUCGGUGGCGUCAUCGACAUAUACACAACGGCAUUAAAAUACAAUUAAACCUCUACCGUGUCGCCGUUAUCAUUCAAGGUGAAAGCGGAAAAGAUGUUUACCGUGAAAUGCUCAUGUCUAAACACUAACCGUUGCUUAACGCAAAAAUGUUUAUUUUUUUAUCUUUGCAUUUUUAAAAAAAUGGCUAUGAAAACAGACCAGCUCUGUUGCCAAAAUUAUUUAUUUGAUCAAUUUUUCAUCAAGUGUAAUUUCACAAACUCAACCACAGACGUUCAAGACGCGUCGCUACGUCUUUCUGUAGCUCUUGAUUUUUUGAUUUUUUUUUUCAGAAAAUAAAUUUAAUACAAUGUCAUAUUCCUACAUGAUUGGUUUUAAAUCUAAAAAAAGUCUUUUUUUUUUCCUUUUUUUUUUUAAGAAAGUUAACUUGAGUACAAUUUACAGGCUGAAGUCUGUAUCUACGUUCAUUCCACUAAAUUCAACACAGGCUACAAACACAUUCACAGACUCUUUAUUCACCGACGUCAUGUGGCGGCAGUUUUUUUUUCGCAACUUCUGCUUAAUUUUGUUUAUCCAUUCGUCCAAAGGAAAUCAUUCAACAAAAAAUGUCUGGAGGAGAAAUGGUUUGACUCUGCCGUUUUGAAAUGUUUGGGUUAAAUCCUGAAAUGCAAGGUUCAUUGGGAUGUUUUUGACUGACAGAUUCUGUUACGGGUGUUAAAAAGGCAAAAAAAAAAAAAAAAAAAAGCAGAAUCUUUUAUUUAUUUGGAGGGAGUUGGUGUUUAGUCAAAACUCUACAUUGUUUUCUCUGAGCAAGAAUUCUCUGAUUUUUUUUUUUUUUUUUUAAAGGACAAACUGACACUCCUUUUCCAAAUGACCUGUAAGGGUUUUUCUUUCUUAGCCAGUUUUCUGUCUUAUGGUUUCUUGUGUACUUUGAGAAAUGACAAUAAAUAUUCUGUAUGUUGUGCAGAUGAGUUAUUAAACA